ACCAAACAGUCAUAGGCGUGGGAAAAGUGUUGAGAGGGUUUCAGGCUUCAACGGUAAAUGUUCAUGAAUUAUCAUUAUUAAUCAUUCUGCCUAACUGGUUUAUUAACCGUCGCCGUGAAGUGUGGAAGUGGCAUCUCCAGCGGGCUUUAGGUCAGAUACUUUAUGCCUGACCACAGUGUCCGUUUCAUUACCGUUACCAAAGCUGAGCUAAAUAGAGAGGCUCCUCUCUUCUAGGACCCUUCCUUUAAGUAAAAAUUACCCGCUCCUCCAGAAGAUGGCGUACUGGAACUAUUCUAUAAGCAAGGAUGCCGCCCAAGAGAUCCAAAAGUGCAACAAGCAGUGCAGGCAGUAAGGGGAAAGGGAAAGGCAAAAGGAUUCAGUCCCCCGUACAUGAGACAAAGCCUGGUCACCCCGAUGACAUCUUCCCCUUGGUCCUGACAUCAGCCACCCAGAAGCUCUUUGGUUGCUGCUCCGAUGUGGACGUCACAGGGGAGAGGCCUUACAAGCUGCUGAAAAAAGACGACGUAAUAAAGGACUUUAAGACAAGAGCCGCGGUGUCCGAUUUCAGCCCUGUGAAGCAGAUUGUGCUGGACUACCCAGACGACGACCUGCUGCUGGUUUUUGACAGGGACUUCAUUUAUGGCCAGAGCUUCUACCUGGUUCUCACACCAGAAGCAAAGGAAAGAAUCUUAAACGUUGCUGGGUCACCAGAGCCUGAGACACCACAAGUAUUUGAGGAUGAAGCCAUUAAAACCCCUGAACCAGAGCCAUGGAUAUCUCUUGGCAGCGAGCAGGAAAUAGAGGAAGAAUCUGUCAGGGAAACCAGAGAAAAGCUGCUCUUCACGUACAAACUCUCCGAAGUGAGGAGGAAGUUUGGGCCACCAGCUGUUUUUUCUGACAGCAAGACAGCCGUCACAGGGUGUCCAUCCUGCCCAGACAGCAGAUUCAGCAUCAAACUGAUGCUGAGGGACUUUGGGUGUCGGGCGGUUCCCAGACUGCAUAGCAGCAAUACUCAGACAAAAGGGAAGUUGACGAGCGAUGUUUCUACCCAGUACACACCAAGAGAGUUCAGUAAUGAGGAAAAAGAGGAAAUCCUCCGGUCUGAGAGUUUUCUGAAUUUCUUUGAAAAGGUGACUUCGAGUAUGUUGAAAGCCCUUCAGCAGGAAACAAUCAUGAAUGUGUUUGUUGAUCGGUGGAAGGCCAUGGGGACAACAUCUGAAGACGAGUACCUUUCUCCGGAGGUUCCCAAACAUUUGAUGCUUUUUAAGGUCUUCACAGAAGAGAAAUACGCCAAGGGCAAGAAAAUCAGCACCUUCAAUUGGCACCCUACAUUGCACGGUGUGAUCGCUGUGGCCUUGACGGAAAAAAGGACAGAGGAUUCCCCAAUGUUUGAAUCAGAAGAUUCUUUCAUUGUCUUUUAUAGCUUCUCUGACUCCUCUCAUGCCCAGUUGCUGCUGGAGUGCCCAGGUGACAUUUUUGCCUUUGAGUUUUGCCCUUCUGAUCCAAAUAUCAUCGUUGGCGGCUGCAGGAAUGGCCAGGUCGUGUUGUGGGACGUGUCUGCUCACUCCAUCCACUUAAAGGGAACCCAACCUGGUGAAAAAGCUCCUUUUAACACUGCCACAUUCGACGUUGAUGACCACAAAGAGAAAAACACCCCUGUUGUGCGCUACUGUGCAGCGUCUCCCAUAGAGAACAGCCACAAAGCACCAAUUACUGACGUCCAGUGGCUGCCACCAACAUUCGAGGUGACCAACAGAGGCUUACCAGUGGAGAACAAGUACAACAUUUCUACACAGGUUGUCACCUGCUCCCCUGACUGUUCUAUAAUGUUUUGGGAUGUGCGAGUUUCAAACGUGAACCGGUCAGCCAGGAAGCAGAGCGCGGAUCAGAAGGCACCCUACAGUUUCCUCAACACUUUCAAACACCUGGUAGACACAUGGAGGCCUUUUUACAAGGUGUCCCUGCCAAUGAUUGGUACCACUGGAAAAUAUGCUCCUUUGAAAUUCUGCCUGGAACCUUACAUCUGUGUAGCCAAUCAUACAGCCGGUGCCACAGAGGCAGAAAAUGAAAAUGCUGUCAACUCAGAGGUCAUCCCGGACUUCAGCCAGCUCAGAGUGCCCUUAGCUGAAACACUUACUCCUCUGGAGGAUGUCAAUACCAAACUCUUCAUUGGAACAGAGUCAGGGGAGAUUAUUUACAGUGACUGGAAAAAGGUGAUUGACAACUCUGGAUCACUGGAAAGUGUCAAGCCCCUUCACUGUUUUAAUACCCAUUACUGGCUGGUGAAUACGGUACAGAGGUCACCCUUCUUCAAAGACAUUAUUUUGACAAUAGGAAACUGGAACUUUGCCAUCUGGAAGGAGGGAGUCACGGGCGGCCCCAUCAUCGUGUCACCAAACUCUGAGCAGUGGUGCACUGUGGGAUGCUGGUCCCUUACCCGGCCAGCUAUUCUCUUCAUCGGGAAAGAGGAUGGCAGCAUUGAGGUCUGGAACCUGCUGGAAAAGAUGAUUGAACCUGUGCGGGUCUACGCCCAAGUCAGCAAUGCCAAAAUUACCUGCAUCAAACCCUGGACAUCCUCUAAGCAGAACUUCCUGGCUGUGGCUGAUGAACUUGGAAUGCUCUGUAUGUUCGAAAUGCCAAAGACCCUCUGUGUUCCAUCCAGGAAUGAGAUUUCUAAUCUGGAGAAAUACUUUGUGGUGGAGGAAGACAGGUUGCAGGAUCGUUUGAGGAGAAAGGAACAGCGGGCAAAAGAGCCAAAGAGAAUGGACUGUGACAAGCCGUUAAAGCUCCCUGUUGAUGAGGAACAAGAGUACAAAAACUACCUAAAGCUGGAAGAACAAAUCCUGAAGGGCUUGGGCCUGUUGUCAGCUACGCCUGAAUCACACACAUUCUCACACACACACCUCUAAAAAUUCCAUUUUACUCAACUUAUUUAUACAUUUGAUAAACAUAACAGCUAAUUAACUGUCAACUUAAAUUCACGAAUCUAGUUAUGUUAUAGUUAGAGCCAUAGUUAUGCUUUUUUGGGGUACUGUUCCAAUAAAUGAGAAGCCCUGCAGCUAACACAAAUGUUUUGUU